AUGAGCCGUCCUAUUGUUAUUUCUGGGCCUAGUGGAACUGGUAAGUCGACUUUAUUGAAGAAGUUGUUCAGCGAGUUCCCAGACAAGUUUGGGUUCUCUGUUUCUUCGACGACCAGAAAGCCCAGGGAGGGCGAGGUUGACGGGAAGGACUACAACUUUGUUAGUGUGGACGAGUUCAAGUCGAUGAUCGAGGCCAACAAGUUCAUCGAAUGGGCUCAGUUCUCUGGGAAUUACUACGGUACCACUGUCGAGUCUGUGAACAAGGUGACCAAGAGCGGGAAGACUUGUAUUCUUGACAUUGAUAUGCAGGGUGUGAAGUCAGUCAAGAAGACUGACUUGAACGCUAGAUUCUUGUUUGUGGCUCCGCCAUCUGUCGAUGCUCUCAGAGAGAGAUUGACCGGCAGAGGGACCGAGACUCCAGAGUCGCUAGAGAAGAGAUUGAGUGCAGCUACUGCCGAGUUGGAAUACGCCAAGACGGGUGCUCACGACUUGACCAUUGUGAACGACGACCUGGAGAAGGCUUACGCCAAGAUGAAGGAGUUCAUCUUCGAGGAGGGAAACUGA